AUGGACCCUGUGGGGGCAGCAGCUCCGAGGCGCGGCCGCAGAGCGGGGCCGACGGGCGGAGCCUCCCGGGCACUUGGACCAGGUAACGGCGCGGGCGGCGGACCCGGGGUGGAGACUGCCAGGCAGCUGGAGCGGGCGGAGGCAGCGGCCGCAUUUAACCCAGGCUGGCGGAUGAGGAGGGGGAGCGCGGGACUGCGACCCCUCCCACUGCAGGGAGCGACCCCCGCCCUUCCUCGGAGGCCCGGGGCGGAGCGAGCACCGUGGCCCUGGCUCGCCACCCUCCGGGCAGCAGACACGCGUCGCGCGGCCGGAAUCCAGCUGCAGCGCGAGGCUGGGGCGGCGACACUUUCUGCAGCCGGAAUGCGCUGGAAGCCUCGGAGGCGCUUCCCUGAGGAGAGCCCCAAGGGGCGGAGCAGGGUCUGGCUCCGGCGCCCGCCGCCUGGCCCCGACUCCCAGGGAGCGCGCAGCUCUGGCUGCAGCUGCCCCCUCCAGGAGUCAUCCCCAGAGCAUGCCACUGUCCUGCGGGAAGGCGUGCGUCGAUGCCUGCAACAACAGUGUGAGCAGACAGUGCGGAUCCUGCACGCCAAGGUAGCCCAGAAAUCGUACGGAAACGAGAAGCGGUCCCGGCUGGAGGGUGAAGCCAGGGCAAGGCCAAGCUGGUGUCCCUUUCCAGCCCAGCAGGCAGGGGAAACCGGGCCCACGGUCUGCGGCUACAUGGGGCUGGAUGGUGCGUCAGGCAGCGCCGCCGAGACCCAGAAGUUGAAUUUCGAGGAGCAGCCGGACUCCAGGGAAUUCGGCUGCGCCAAGACCCUGUUCAUCUCGGACGCCGACAAGAGGAAGCACUUCCGGCUGGUGUUGCGGCUGGUGCUCCGAGGGGGCCGGGAGCUGGGCACUUUCCACAGCCGCCUCAUCAAGGUCAUCUCCAAGCCCUCGCAGAAGAAACAGUCGCUGAAGAACACGGACCUGUGCAUCUCCUCGGGCUCUAAGGUCUCCCUCUUCAACCGCCUGCGUUCCCAGACGGUCUCCACACGCUACCUCUCGGUAGAGGAUGGGGCCUUUGUGGCCAGUGCACGCCAGUGGGCUGCCUUCACACUGCACCUGGCUGAUGAGAACUAUCCCCAAGGGGACUUCCCGCCUCGAGAGGGCUACGUCCGCUAUGGCUCCCUGGUGCAGCUCGUCUGCACUGUCACUGGCGUCACACUACCUCCUAUGAUCGUCCGCAAAGUAGCCAAACAGUGUGCGCUCCUCGAUGUGGACGAGCCCAUCUCCCAACUGCAUAAGUGUGCAUUCCAGUUCCCAGGGGGUCCUUCAGGAGGGGCGGGCACCUACCUAUGCCUCGCCACAGAGAAGGUGGUGCAAUUCCAGGCCUCCCCCUGCCCCAAGGAGGCAAACCGAGAGCUGCUCAAUGACAGCUCCUGCUGGACCAUCAUCGGUACCGAAUCGGUAGAAUUCUCCUUCAGCACCAGCCUGGCCUGCACGCGGGAGCCUGUCACUCCGGUGCCCCUCAUCAGCACCCUCGAGCUGAGCGGCGGGGGCGAUGUGGCCACGCUGGAGCUCCAGGGUGAGAACUUCCACGCGGGGCUGAAGGUGUGGUUCGGGGAUGUGGAGGCUGAAACUAUGUACAGGUAUAGGGGUGGCCCAAGGUCCCUGGUGUGCGUGGUGCCCGACGUGGCCGCCUUCGGAAGUGACUGGCGCUGGCUGCGCACGCCCAUCACAGUGCCGGUGAGCCUGGUGCGCGCAGACAGGCUCUUCUAUGGCAGCGCCUUCUCCUUCACCUACACCCCCGAGUACAGCGCGGGGCCCCCGGGCGCCCCCGAGCCGGACGCUGACGCAGAUGCGCUCCUGGAGAGCAUCCACCACGAGUUCACGCGCACCAACUUCCACCUCUUCAUCCAGACCUAGGCGUCCUGGACGCCCCACUGCCCGCCCCGCUGAAGCCUGUGCCCAGGCCUGUGUAGGGUGGCGUUUCUGGGUCUUAGGCUUAGUGCACUGCCCCUUUGUUGUCCAGGUGAAGCCAGAAGCCUGGGCAGAAGAAGACUCCCCCCAUAGAAAGCAGGCCCUGCUGGUCCUACACAGUCACUCUCUCUUCCCCUUAUACAGAGGCCAAGACACAGGCUCAAGAUGCUCUUUGUGUCCAGUGUGGUGGCGCUCCCAUUUUGACUCUGUCUCACUUUCUCUCUCUCACCUCUCUUUCUGCCUCAGUAACUUUGUAACUCUCUUUCUGUUUCUGUGUCUGUCACUGCUCCUCCAUCUUUGUCUAUCUCUGUCUCUCCCUGUGUCUUACACACUAUUUCACACACAUUGAGGAGCCAUGCCUGGGACAUUGACUCUGAGGCAUGUGUUGGUUCCCACAUGCCAUCAUGAAGCACAGGCUGGGACACAUGGCUGGCAUGGCCUGGAGUGCCAGGUCCUACCUAGACACUGGGUCCCACCUGGAGCACUGGGUCCUGCUGGGAGCACUAGGUCUUGCCUGGAGCAUUGGUUCUCCCCUAGAGUAGCAGGUGCC